AUGUUACCUCAAAAAGGCAUAUUAACAUUAACUCCGGCAUCAAUAAAUGCAUUCAAGGCGAAAGAUAGACAAGCUGCACAAGAAGUUGGAUUAAGUGAAAUUCAUUGGUUUAAAAGUGAAUAUAUGACAAAGCAUUAUAUUUGUCCAUUCGAAGGAUGUAAUACAUUGUUUUUAGAUAUGUAUUUGUUGAAAACUCAUUUUUUCAAAACUCAUAAUGGACGACCUUUUAAAUGUGACUUUACCAAUUGUAAAUGGUCAUUUGCGACAAAAUCUAAAUUAGAAAGACACAAAAAUUCUCAUUUAAAUAUAAAAUGGUUUAAAUGUGUUCAUGAAUCAUGCAAUAAAAUGUUUACCACUUUGUAUAAUCUUAGACAGCACUUAAGAACUGUUCAUGAAAGGGCAGAACAAUUUGUUUGUACAGUAAGUGACUGCAAUGCUGCAUUUCACAAUCAGAGAAGUUUAGAUCUUCACAGAGCUACACAUGUGAAUUUGGGUCGUUCAUAUAAUUGCGAACGAGAAGGCUGUGAUAAAUCGUUUGUUACCAGAAAUGCUCUUUGUUCUCAUAUGAGAAGUCAUGAUCAUAAAUUAGAAGAUUUAAAAUGUUCUUGGGAAGGUUGUGACAAAAUUUUUGAAUUACCUUGCAGGCUUAGAGAACAUAUGAGAACACAUACAGGGGAAAAACAAUUUCAUUGUGAUCAUCCUGGUUGUGGAUGGUCUUUUUAUUCUGGAAGUAAACUUCAUCGUCAUAGAAAUAAGCAUUUACAAAUUCGUAAAUUUGUAUGCUGUAUUAAUCAUUGCAAUAAGUCUUUUCUUAGAUCUCAACAUUUAAAGGAGCAUAUAUUAACGCAUUCAAAAAAUAAUUCGAAAAAUUUUUCAUGUCCCGUGGAAAAAUGUGAUUCUAAGUUUAGUUCGAAAAAUUUAGUUUAUAGACAUGUUAAAAAAAUGCAUAGAAAAGAGAAUAAUGAUCAAGAUUUGAGUACUAGUGAUUUGUAUGAUUUUGGUAUUAAAUUAUCUGACAAUGAAAAUGAACAAACGCAAGAGCAAACUCAGUUGUUAAGUAGUCAGUCUAUUUGUCAAUUAGAUUCCGUUACUCUUUUAUCAGAUCAUGACGUUUGUUCUACAGAAAAUGUGCCAUUAAAUACAUCUUUGCCAGAACUAAUGCCAUCGGAACUCUUGGUAGCGAUGACUUCGAUAGAUUGUGUCAAUAGUGAUUCUUUGGCAGAUAUUUCAUCAUCCACAGAUUCAAGCAGUAAUCAAUCAACUGUUUUAAUGACUUCACAAGAAGCAAACAAUAAUGAAACUUUUUUUAUAACUGAUAACCUGGUACAAUGUGUUUUGGGCAAUACAGAUGUUAGCAAGAAUAAGAAAAAAGUAGAAAACACUGGCUCUGCUAGAACAAAUUACACAUACAAAGACAUAGUAAGGGAAAAAACGAUUAAAACAGGACUAAAUGGAAGCAGCCAUAUUAAAUGGCUGCAAGAUUCAGAUGCGAGUAACGAAGAAUUUAAAUCUAAAAAAUGGAAAAAUUUGGUGUUUUCAAAACAGCCAGAGGAUAUUCAAAAUUGUAAAAUGUCAAUUCCUUCAGAUUUAGUAUUAGGAGCUGGAAUAAGUGAUAAUCAUAGCUUAAACAGAAAUUCAAUAUUUGAACCAUCUACGAUUAAUUUAAGGGAUUUGGAAUAA